AUGCCGCCCAAGAAGUCGGGCGCGGCCAAGAAGGGCAAGGGCUCCAAGAGCUCGUCGGACGCUGACAGGAACCCGCUGCUGGACUUCGACAACAGGUUCUGCGAGGACUGCGGCCAGUGGACACACAGCGAGGAUCGAGAUGGCCCCAAAGAUGCCCGUGCGACUCGAAAGAAUGAUCCUGCCAUCGAUGAGAAGAUCGUGAACUGCCGCAAGGGUUUGGUUGAUGGCACUGGCAAGCACGCCAGGACCGACGGGCUGACCAUCAACACGCAGAAGUCGGAUAUGAAGUUCAACCAGGACUUCGACUCUGGCAUCUUCCAGCCGAUCCAGUACGUCGGCAGGAUCUGGAACCUCAGGUGGGAGUCACAGGAAGACCUCAUCCAGCAGAUCGAGGCGCGCGGGAAAGAGGUCGUGGAGGACGAUUGUGGCGUUCUUGGCAUCGAGGUGUCCGACGUGUCUGGGGUGGAGUUCGGGGCAUACAGGUUCAAGCGUGGCAGGGAGAGAGCGAGCACGGAAGUCAAGACCGAGGGCCGCGAUGAUGGGCAGUCGGCUAGGGAGAGGCAGGAUAUCGUCGUGUCGAAGGAGGGGCUCGGCCGCAGACGGGUCAGCUCUACUCAAAGCCAAGGCUCUGAGCUUGUUGGCGACCAUCGGCCCGCAACUGACCGCCUUGUCAGCGCUCCCCAAGGUGCCAGCCUCGUCGACCCAGGUCGUGAGGCCGAUGAGACCCUCGCCGACGACAAGUCUGUCAGAUCACAGGCCACCUCGGCGAGGUCGGCGGUCACUAGCGUACCACCUGCGACGCCAGCUCCCUCCCUGAAGAGGAAGGUGCCUCUCGAAGCGGUGGAGAACGCAUCAUCUCACAUGAAGAAGACACGGAGGACGGGGGCCUUGGCUGCGAUCGACAGGGCCGAGGCUACCUUGGAGGACGCGGAGAAGAAGUACCAUUGGGGGGGGCACUGGGAGCUCAGGAACCGCGAGAAGGAGUUCCAGGCGUUCAUCGCGCGCCUGCAGCGUGCUGUCAAGGCUACAGGGGGCAUGGCAGGCAGCCAAGCUGCGUUGGACAUCAGCGCCGGGAUCUUCGCCAUGGCGGACGCAUUGGAAGCCAGACAGGGUUUGCUCGACAAGAUCGGCGGCAAGCCUCGCGAGUUUUACGCUUUCGCCUCGGCGCCACUCUCACAGGAACACUCGGAGAUGAUCAAGGGUGCGCCGAUGGAGCUCGUGUCCACCAUCCUCGCCCUGAACCUCAACGCCCUCAUCGACAAAGUCCCGACCAAUCCCGAGUACGUCGGCACCCUCCUGUCGGCGCUCACCGUCGAAAGUUCGAAUACGCUGUCAUUGUCCACCUUAUUGGUGUGCGGCGAUGCUGAUAGGGCGAAGGCUCAGGCUGCCAAGCUCCGAACGUCACUCGUAUUGGCCCUGGGGAGCGUCGUUUUCAAGAUUACCGACGAGUCCGCGAUCUGCCUUAUCAGCCAGAAGAUCGUGACUGUAUUCCCGAAGCUGGCCGAUUCCAUCUUCGGCAUGGACAUGGGCUCCGCGGACUUCGUGAACGGCUUGGCCCCGCAGGCAGCCAUGGACCUGGGCGCCGUGUCGAUCGUCGCCCAAGUUCUCGACCGCAUGAGGGCUGCGGACGCUCACGGACCCGUGUUCCCAGCCCAGCUUCGCCACUCGAUCGUGAAGUUGGUGUCCAGCGUGGCGAAAGUCUCGGCCAGGAUGAAGGUUAAUUUCAAGUCCCUGGGGGGUUCCCAUGCCACCCAUGGUAAGAAAGCAUGGGAAGAUAUGUGCAGGAUGACCGAUGCCGCUGCCAAGCACCAGGAGGACACAUCCCAGAACGAGUUCGUGAAGAGAGCCAGGGAGCUUGCGCAUCAGGUGCGAGUGGGCGAGCCCGAGAAAGCGUACGAGGCACUGAUCGCGGUAUGCGAACUGCCCAGCGAGGCAUGCAACUUUGGCGACUUCUUCAGCCAAAGAGGCGUCGCUGAAGAUUCUGAUUCACCAGCAGAGGGAGAGAUGCUCGAGGUCUGCAACACGUUCUGCGAUGGAACGCUGCAGCUGUUCAACGUGGCGGUCGACCUUACCAUGUCGUUCAACGAUUUGUUCACUGGCAUCUAUGAGGGAUCUGGGUAUACGCCGCCUCUGACGGACAGGCAAGUGAACCCCGAUGAAAAAGAGCCUGACCAGUACGAUAUGUUGAGGGUGUUCCACACCGCUUCCAAGAUCAUGCAGCACUUUGUCGCCGCCAAGCUCUACGACGCGAGGGAGAGCGAGGGCAAGACCGACGGCAAGGAGGUGGUUGAGUUUUGGACGAUGGCCUUGCAAGCUGAGCACAAGAUGAAAUUGGCUUUGAGAUCGAGACCGUUGCCAACCACCUGCCCAACUGCACCAUCUGCACUGCUGAUCCUGCACAACAUUGGGUCUCUGUACAUGGACGAUCGCUUUCGGAGCGUGCUGCUACACAGGGUGUUGGCGCUCCCGCCUGAUAAGCAGAAGACGCUGAUCGGCAUACUGGACACGAAGACCAACGUGCUCCCCACGAGUUCUCUCGAGGUCUUGACGUUUCCCAAGGCGCUGGUGCGAGUGGCAGACGCAGACGAGCGUCAACGAGCUGGUCGCUCAAGCGUCCUCGUCGAGCUCAACUCGCUGCUCUCCGACAUCGCGACGGCGAAGGCUGACUUCAAAGAGGCAUGUGGCGACAGCGCACUCGUGGAGCGUGUCUUGAAGCACGCGGAGGCGGAGUGGGACACCUUGUUCAAGCAAACGAAGGCUGUCAUGGACUUCAUCCCGCCGCUCAAGCUGGACUUCGUGGGGAAGUACGGGGCGCUGUGCGAUGCGAUCGAGAAGUGGGAUUUCCAGGAGGUCGGCUGGUUGACAAAGCCUUCCGACACCAAGGAUCGGAACACGGGGAGUCAGAUCGCGAUUGCAGUGGCCCAGUUCCCGACGACGUCCAAGGUCGUCGAAAACGUGUGCGGCAACAUCAAGUGGCAGGAGAGCGCCAAGAGCCAGGCUAUGAUCCAGCUUCAGGCCGCCUUGCCGACGGCGAAAGAGACGCUGGGGCAGGCCGCGAAGCUAGCGGCGUGCAUUGCUCUGGCUCACUUGCUCGUGGCCGGCGGCAGCAAGGCCGCCGUGUCGGACUACGACCAGACCGUCAAGUGGACGCAGUCGUGCUUAGGAGUUUCGCACGGCGGGCUCCCCUCGAAGCUCCGCGAGAAGCUUGAGGAGCUCAGGAGGUCGCUGCUCGGGGACCCCAUCAACAAAGCUACGGAGUCGAAGUUCAAGGAUUGCGACGCCAUCUCCGUGGCGACCUCGUCGGCAGCGACCGCGGCGACGAGCCGCCAGAACAGGAAGAGGUGGGCCAAGACGGCAUUCAACCAGGCGGUCGUCGCCGACUGA